CGUUCUUUCCGGCCUGCUUCAAUGGAUGUUAAGCUGGGGAUUCUUUGUUGCCCAGUGGCUUGGUUAUGGCUGCUCUUUCAACAGCGGCGAAUUCUCAUGGCGGUUUCCUCUGGCAUUCCAAUGCGUUCCAGGUCUGGUUCUUAUUGGUGGAAUCUUCUUCCUACAGGAAUCACCACGUUGGCUGAUGGAAAGAGACCGCCACGAGGAAGCCAUGGCCUCCCUCAAGGUCUUGCGCAGCGGCAACGAGGAAGAAACGAUCGACUUGGAGUUCAGAGAGAUACGAGAUGUCAUUGCUGCCGACCGCGCACUCGGUGAUAUCACAUGGGUGUCAAUCAUCACGAAGUCAUCAUGGCGCAAGCGCCUGCUACUUGGAUGCGGCGUGCAAGCAUUUGGACCACUUUCUGGCAUCAACGUCAUCAAUUACUAUGGUCCCCGCAUCUACGAGAUUCUCGGAAUAUCCACACGAGAGUCUCUCCUAAUCGUUGGAAUCAGUGGUGCUCUAUCCAUUGUCUGGUGCACAAUCGGCUUAGCCAUCUUAGACAAAUUUGGCCGCAUCAAACCGCUCAUGAUUUCUGCCGCAGGCCUUGCAGCCGCCCUACUCGUCAACGCAGUGCAAGGCCAAUACUUUGUCGCAUCAAACACUGCACAACUUCGCAGCAUGGUAGCAAUGAACUUUCUCUUCAGCUUCUUCUAUACACCACUCGGCAUCAUCUCAUGGGUAUACCCUGCUGAGAUCUUCCCCGUUGAAGUCCGCGCUUUGGGAAAUGCCAUCACCACUUUUACCAACUGGGCCGUCAACCUCAUCUUCGCACAGUUUUCUCCCCAGGCUUUGACAUCGAUUGAGUUCAAGUACUUCUACGUCUUCUUUUGCUUCAAUAUCAUAGCAUUUCUGUGCUAUUGGUUCUUUUUCCCGGAGACCAAGGGUCGCACGUUGGAGCAGAUGGAUGAGCUAUUUGGCGAUCAACUUGUCCCUCAUGCUAUGCAAGACCCGGCUGCCGCUGCUGCCGCCAUGGAAAAGAAUGAGGUCUUGCAUGCUGAGGUUACUUCGAUGCGUGGCGGCUCAGUUGCAUAG